AUGCGCAUGGCUUCGCCUACUUGUCCCUCCCCUGCUUGCCACAUUCCCCGCGCCACCAACCUCUCUCUCUCAUCGUGCUCAUCCUUCCGCGCGUCCACAUUGGUGCCUGUUCCGCAAUCCGCGGCACCGCGAAUCCAACGACCGUCGCUGGCCGUUCGAUGCGCAUCUGACGGUGAGGAUGGGGACGGAGGGGGCGGGAGCAAGUCGCGGCUGGGAAGCAUCAUCCGCCGGAAACACGCUACGGUGCAGGCGCGGCUGCAGCAGAUGGGGCAGGACGAGGUGAAUCGCCGCCUGGAGGGCGCAGCGCGGCUGCAGCAGAUGGGGCAGGACGAGGUGAACCGCCGUCUGGAGGGCGCAGUGCGUCUGCACCCGCCCGCGCAGCUCACAGACCUGCUGCUGCGCGGGGCCCCGGGCGCGGAGGGCGGGGGCGGCCUGGAGGGGCCAGGGGGGGCGGAUUGGGGGCGCACGACGCUGGUGGUGGAGGUGGCGCGCGCGCGCCCGUCCGAGUCCCCUGAGAGCCUUGCCAGGCGCUGCCAACAAUACGUUGCUCUUGGCCGCUCCCCUCCGGACCAGAUUCCUUACCCUUCCCCCAUCGUCCCCCCUCCCCUUUCAAGAGCGGGCACAAUGAUGGUUUGCUGGCCUUCGCUUAGAGUAGAAAGAGCCACCGCUCUCCCCUCUCCCACCCCUCUCCCUUCCCCCCCUCCUUCCCCUCCCACCGCUCUCCCUUCCCCCCCUCCUUCCCCUCUUCUCCCCUGCCGCUUCCCCAGGAGCGGACACGGUGAUGCCACGGCUCCAAUGCUCGCCUUUGCCUUUGGACUGGGAGUUGACGUGGCAGUAGAGGUGGUGAAUCUGGAGGAGCUGAAGCGACUGGAGCCGCUCGCCAUUCCCCUCUAUGGCCUCAACCUCUCUGUUGGGCUCGCUGUGUCAGCACCCGGGUUCAGGCAGAGCGUAGCCAGGUCGUUGCUCUCCUCCAUGCCCUUUGGUGCUGCUGCUCUCGUUGGCGCCUCAUCUGUGGAGGAUGUGCGGAUGAUGAAGGCAGCAGGUGCGACAGCAAUUGUGCUCAAAAGGGAGGUGUUUAAAGGGAUGGAGGGCGGUGGCACGGGGUUGGGAGAGAAGGAGGAGGAGAAGGCCUUGCAAGUCCUGUUUGAGACGCUCAACUACAUCUUGACUGGCGAUGACUAA